GACGCAGGCCCCGCCUUGCAGCCCCGCCUCCUCCCCGCCCCGCCCCGGCUCGGGCGUCGGGAGCACCCGGAGCUGAGGGGCCUUAGCCCGCGGCGGCGGCGGCGGCGGGGACGAUGUGGUUCUUUGCCCGGGACCCGGUCCGGGACUUCCCGUUCGAGCUCAUCCCGGAACCCCUCGAGGGCGGCCCGCCUGGGCCCUGGGCUCUGCACCGCGGCCGCAAGAAGGCCACAGGCAGCCCGGUGUCCAUCUUCGUGUACGAUGUGAAGCCUGGUGCAGAAGACCAGACCCAGGUGGCCAAAGCUGCCUUCAAGCGCCUCAAAACUCUCCGGCACCCCAACAUCCUGGCUUACAUUGAUGGGCUGGAGACAGAAAAAUGCCUCCACGUAGUGACAGAGGCUGUGACCCCAUUGGGAAUGUACCUCAAGGCGAGAGUGGAGGCUGGUGACCUGAAGGAGCUAGAGAUCUCCUGGGGGCUACACCAGAUCGUGAAAGCCCUCAGCUUCCUGGUCAACGACUGCAGCCUCAUCCACAACAAUGUCUGCAUGGCCGCUGUGUUCGUGGACCGAGCUGGCGAAUGGAAGCUUGGGAGCCUGGAUUACAUGUACUCAGCUCAGGGCAAUGGUGAGGGACCGCCCCGUAAGGGCAUUCCCGAGCUUGAGCAGUAUGACCCCCCGGAGUUGGCUGACAGCAGUGGCAGGGUGGUCAAAGAAAAGUGGUCAGCGGAUAUGUGGCGCUUGGGCUGCCUCAUCUGGGAAGUUUUCAAUGGGUCCCUACCUCGGGCGGCAGCCCUACGCAACCCUGGGAAGAUCCCCAAAUCACUGGUGCCCCAUUACUGUGAGCUGGUAGGAGCCAACCCCAAGGUGCGUCCCAACCCAGCCCGCUUCCUGCAGAACUGCCGGGCACCUGGUGGCUUUAUGAGCAACUGCUUUGUAGAAACCAACCUCUUUCUGGAAGAGAUUCAGAUCAAAGAGCCAACUGAGAAGCAGAAGUUCUUCCAAGAGCUGAGCAAGAGCCUGGACUCGUUCCCUGAGGAUUUCUGUCGGCACAAGGUGCUGCCCCAGCUCCUGACUGCCUUCGAAUUCGGCAAUGCUGGCGCUGUUGUCCUCACGCCCCUCUUCAAGGUGGGCAAGUUCCUCAAUGCUGAGGAGUAUCAGCAGAAGAUCAUCCCUGUGGUGGUCAAGAUGUUCUCAUCCACUGAUCGGGCCAUGCGCAUCCGCCUCCUACAGCAGAUGGAGCAGUUCAUCCAAUACCUUGACGAGCCAACAGUCAACACUCAGAUCUUUCCCCACGUUGUACAUGGCUUCCUGGACACCAACCCUGCCAUCCGUGAGCAGACGGUCAAGUCCAUGCUGCUUCUAGCCCCGAAGCUCAAUGAGGCCAACCUCAAUGUGGAGCUGAUGAAGCACUUCGCACGGCUGCAGGCCAAGGAUGAUCAGGGCCCCAUCCGCUGCAACACAACUGUCUGCCUGGGCAAAAUCGGCUCCUACCUCAGUGCCAGUACCAGACACAGGGUCCUUACCUCCGCCUUCAGCCGGGCCACUAAGGACCCAUUUGCACCGUCCCGGGUGGCGGGUGUCCUGGGCUUCGCUGCCACCCACAACCUCUACUCGAUGAACGACUGUGCCCACAAGAUCCUGCCUGUGCUCUGCGGCCUCACUGUGGAUCCUGAGAAAUCCGUGCGGGACCAGGCCUUCAAGGCCAUUCGAAGCUUCCUGUCCAAACUGGAGUCUGUGUCAGAGGACCCCACCCAGCUGGCAGAAGUGGAGAAGGACGUUCACGCAGCCUCCAGCCCCGGGAUGGGGGGAGCCGCAGCCAGCUGGGCAGGCUGGGCUGUGACUGGGGUCUCCUCACUCACCUCCAAGCUGAUCCGUGCGCACCCCACGGCUACCCCAGUGGAGACCAAUGUUCCCCAGAGACCCAUGCCUGAGGGACUUCCUGCCCCGGCCCCUACCCCUGUCCCUGCCAUCCCUACAACCUCAGGCCACUGGGAGACACAAGAGGAGGACAAGGACACAGCAGAGGACAGCAGCACUGCUGAUAGAUGGGAUGACGAAGACUGGGGCAGCUUGGAGGGAGGAGGUCAGUUGUCAUCCCUCCUCCUUCCCACACUGCAGCAGGAGGCGGAGUCUGUGUUGGCCCAGCAGGAGGACUGGAAUGCUGGGGGCCAAGCAGGCCGAGCUGGGCAGGUGAGCAGGGGUCAGGCAAGGGGAAGGGGAUGGUGUGUAUGGGGGGUGGAUCCAGCCCCUUCCUCCCUGGCCCAGUGCUACCUCCCCCUGCCCCCACAGGUCAGCAGCCAGGAUCACAAAUCCCUGGAGUCCGACUGGAGCAGCUGGGAAGCCGAAGGCUCCUGGGACCAGGGCUGGCAGGAGGAGAGCUCACCGGAGCGGCCCCCUGAAGGCACACGGAUGGCCAGCGAGUAUAACUGGGGCGCACCCGAGCCUAAUGACAAGGGCGAUCCUUUCUCUUCCCUGUCUGCGCGCCCCAGCACCCAGCAGAGGCCUGACUCCUGGGGUGAGGACAGCUGGGAGGGCUUGGAGACUGACAGCCGACAGGCGAAGGCUGAGCUGGCCCGGAAAAAGCGCGAGGAGCGGCGGCGGGAGAUGGAGGCCAAACGCGCCGAGAAGAAGGUGGCCAAAGGCCCCAUGAAGCUGGGAGCCCGGAAGCUGGACUGAACCGCCGUGGGGGCGCUUCCCGGCUGCGGAGAGCCGCCCGCGGAUGUAUUUAUUGUACAAACCAUGCGAGCCCGGCUGCCCGGCCAGGCACAUCUCACGUGUACAUAAUCAGAGCCACAAUAAAUUCUAUUUCGCA